AUGAUGAAUUCAUCAUUUGUACAAAUCCCUAAAUUAACCUUAAAUAAUAAAAAAUCAUCGCAAAAUGUUGUUCAAACUACAUCAUCAUCAUCAUCAUCAUCAUCAUCAGCAUUAAACUCUAAAAAAAAAAAAGAUAAUUCAACAAUAACAGCAAAUAGUUUAUUACCAAAAUUAAUCACCAAUAAUAAUAAUAAUAAUAAUAAUAAUGAUCAAGUAUCCACAGGUAUAACUAUAUUACAAAACUAUCAGCCAUCUAACAGUAGUAGCGAAAAUACAAGUGCAGCAAAUACACCAACAUUAUCAAGCACAAAAAAACAAGUUGUUGGGUUAGUUGAAAUACCCGAACACAUUUUAAUUCGUGAUAUCAUAUAUGUAUUUCAAGGUAUCGAUGGAACGUUUAUAAAGUAUAAUAAAAAAUCCGAUUCAUACUCUAUAGAUGAUACAAUUAAUAUUAAUGGUGAGGCCUCUUAUAUUUCAAAGCCCAAACGAGAUUUAGUUUAUAGAUUAUGCGAAUUUGGUUGGUUAUUCAAAAAAACUAGAAAUUUUAUAAUAAAUAAUGAAUUUAAAAAUUCUGGCUUAACAAAUCAAAGUUUUUGUUCUGCAAUUCAUGAUGAAUUAACAGAGUUUUAUAGAAUUAUAGCAAUUUUGGAAACGCAAAUAAAUAAAAAAUAUGAUAUGCACAAUAAUAAUAAUCAAAACAAUGGUAAACCACUUGUGGGUAUAGAGUCACCAAUAUCAAUAUCAUCAACAUCAACAGCAUCAACAACAUCAGAACUACCAUUCACAGAAGAUAAUUUAACAUUAAUAAAGUUGUUUGUAUGGAUACAAUCACCAUUAAAGAAAUUAAAAGUUUUAGCAACUUGUGUUGACUCUAUAAAAACAACAAUGAAAGGUGGAGAAAUUAUUUCGCAAAUUGACACACUAUCAAGGCAUGGUGAUAGAGAUAUUCAAAAACUAAUUCACUCUAUAAUGUUUAAAAUAUGCCAACCUUUCUUUUCAAUGGUACGUUUAUGGAUGUUCAAAGGCGAAAUUAAUGACCCAUAUCAAGAGUUUUUUAUUAAACAGCACGAAAAAGUCCAAUUAGAAAGAACAUGGAAAGAAAAGUUUGCAAUUGUAGUCCGUUUAUUACCAUCAUUCAUCAGUAUACCUUUAGCUAAAAAAAUAUUGGUCAUUGGUAAAUCAAUAAACUAUAUGAAACAAUUUUGUAAUAACUUCAAGGACGAUAAAUUAGACUCUUAUUACUAUUACAAUAUUGACGAAGACGAUGAUGGAGAAUUUGAAAACGAUGAUGAGGAUGACGAAGAAGAUGAAGAAAAUGAAGAGGAACAGCCACAACAUGAUCCAAAUAGAUUAACAAAAGAACAAAGAAUUGAAAAGAAGCUAUUAAAUGAAGAAUCAAAAAUCAUUAAAUAUAAAUCAAAUAAUUUAAAUUAUACAAAUAAAGAAUUGUUACAAGAUAUGAUAGAGUUGGUAGCAAGACAAAGUUCCCAAAGAUUACUAAAGAUUGUUUUAGAAAGAUUUAAAUUUAUGACACAUAUCAAAGCGUUAAAGAAAUAUUUAUUGCUGGGUCAAGGUGAUUUUAUUCAAUACUUGAUGGAUUUAGUAGGUGAAGAUUUAUCUAAACCAGUUAAUCAAAUUAGUCGUCAUAAAUUAGCAGAUUGGAUGGAAACAGCAAUCAGAAAUUCAAAUGCUCAAUUUGAAGAAUCAGAAUUUAUCGGUCGAUUAGAUAUAGCACUACUUCCAGAAAGACAAGGUAGUAUAGGUUGGGAUAUAUUUUCGUUGGAUUACCAUGUCGACAGUCCAUUAAAUACAAUUUUAUCACCAAACGAUAUAAUAAGAUAUAAAAAGACAUUCCAUUUCAUGUGGAGUAUUAAAAGAGUAGAAUAUUCAUUGUCUUCAGUAUGGAGAAAAAUUAGAACUUCCUCAAAAGAAUUGGCAGCACUCUUACCAAUUAAAGGUGAAAUUCAUAAAUCUCAUAUCAUUAUGAAUGAAAUGAUCCACUUUAUUUCAAAUUUUCAAUAUUAUUUAAUGUUUGAAGUACUAGAAUGCUCAUGGAACAAUUUAAAGAAAUUCAUUGAAGAAGAGGCAACCGAUCUUGACCAACUUAUAGACGCUCACCAUCAGUAUCUUCAAGAUAUUUGUACAAAAUCAUUUUUAUCAAAUUCAGACAGCAGCUAUGAAUGCUUUAAGAAACUACUAUCAAUCAUCAAUAAAUUUACAUUGUUGCAAUCAAAAUUGGUUAAUCUUUCAAUUACAAUUUAUCAAAACACCAACAACCAAACCGAAGAGUUUCAAGCUUCGGUCAACAAGGAUUUUAACAGCUACAAAACUCAUUUAAAUAAUUUAUACCAAGACUAUACCAAUUCAUUUUAUAAAUUCCAGGAGGAGAUUCUUAAAGUUAAAGUGAAUCAAGAUUUAAACCCAAUUUCUUUGCAAUAUAUGCUAGAUUUUAACGAAUAUUAUAAAAAUAAAAAGGAAUAA